CUCUCAGGCCGUUUGGGAUCCCCCAAAUCCGUCGGCUUCCUCGGACCCGGACAGCCCUGGGCUGGGAGCGCUCCAGCCGUCUAAGAGCUGCCUGGGGACAGUCCCUGAAAACCUACAUCUCAGAGGAGGAAGCCCUUGACCGGGAGGUGAAGGCUGCAAAGGCUGAUUGAAGGGGCGCUGGGUGCCAAGCCUGCCCCGGACACCCUGGCGCCAUGGGCCCACUGCUCCUGGUCCUGCUGUACCCGCUGUCCUGCGUCUCCGGGCUGCCUUUCUACAAUGGCUUCUACUACUCCAACAAUCCCAGCUCCUGGAACAGCCACGGCGAAGGCAUCUUCAAUGGGGUGAAGCUGGUGGUAGAGACGCCCGAGGAGACCCUGUUCUCCCACCCAGGGGCCAACGUGACCCUGCCCUGCCGCUACCACUACGAGCCAGCCCCGCUGUCCCCGAGGCCCGUGCGCAUCAAAUGGUGGAAGUUGUCGGAGAACGGAGCCCCCGAGCUGGAUGUGCUUGUGGCCAUCGGGCUGAGGCGCCGCACCUUCGGGGACUACCGAGGCCGGGUGCGCCUGCGGGAGGAUGGGGAGCGAGAAGCGUCACUGCAGAUCCAGGACGUGCGGCUGGAGGACUCCGGGCGCUACCGCUGUGAGGUCAUCGACGGGCUGGAGGACGAGAGUGGCCUGGUGGAGCUGGAGCUGCGGGGCGUGGUCUUUCCCUACCAGCACCCCCGAGGGCGCUACCAGCUCAACUUCCAUGAGGCCCAGCGGGCGUGUGAGGAGCAGGACGCGGUGGUGGCCUCCUUCGAGCAGUUGUUCCGGGCCUGGGAGGAGGGCCUGGACUGGUGCAAUGCGGGCUGGCUGCAGGACGCCUCGGUGCAGUACCCUGUCAUGCGAGCCCGGCAGCCCUGCGGCGGCCUGGGCCUGGCCCCCGGCGUGCGCAGUUACGGCCCGCGUCACCACCGCCGGCACCGCUAUGACGCGUUCUGCUUUGCUCCUGCCCUCAGGGGGCAGGUGUACUACCUGGAGCUCCCUGAGAAGCUGACCCUGGCAGAGGCAAAGGAGGCGUGCCGGGAAGACGGCGCCUGCAUUGCCAAGGUGGGCCAGCUCUUUGCCGCCUGGAAGUUCCGCGGCCUGGACCGCUGUGAUGCUGGCUGGCUGGCGGAUGGCAGUGCCCGCUACCCCGUGGUUCACCCGCGUCCCAACUGUGGGCCCCUGGAGCCCGGCGUCCGAAGCUUUGGCUUCCCGGACCCGCAGAGCCGCGGACUCAUGGGUAAUCUGGACACGUGUGUACGUUCACCUACAAAUACUCGACCACACGAACACACGCCCGAGAAGAUACCAGCAAACUCACAGCAGCACGCACUAACCAGCGCCCGGACUCCUUCCCAAACACCGACGCAGGGGCCCACUGAGCAACUGAGCCAAGCAGGGGGCCCCCAUCUGGCCUCCUAAGGAGCAGGCUCGUGGGGGGACCGUCCCCUGCCUCCACUCAAGGUCUCCUGAGGGAAUCCAUAAGCCAUUGUAAUCGAUUUUGUUGAUAUCCUAUAGCCUCCGUGAGGGCAGGACGCCCAGACCUUUUGGCUAGUGGCCAGCCAACGAGCUAAGCACAGAUACGUGCAGGCAAGAUGCCCUGUUCCCAGGCUGUCUGCGGCUGCUUCUGCUCCCUCUUCUCAAUCCUGAUGGGCCUCUGCUCGUGACUCGCUUUACCAAGCAUCUCCUAGGGGAGCAGUGUGCGAUCAAAGAACCAAACUAUGCAAAGUAACCAGAUGUCCCAUUUGGGUGGGCGUUUGACAGUACAUGCGUGUGCACGCACACCCACACCCACACCCACACACACGGCCCAUCAAAGGCACAGGUGCCCUCACAGUAACAGAGUGCAACAGGUGUGACUGUUCCAGGCUUCGUGAACAGACAACAGUCACCCAAUUUGGGAUCUUUUGCUGGAAACACGUCCCAACUGCCCCCAUUCCUAAGGGCCCCUUCGGUCGACCUCUGACCCUGGUUGCCUUCUCUUGAAAUUUAAAAAA